GCAUUCUGGGAUAUGCCCUUCUCCCUCGCCCCUCUCUAGGACCCCGCCCGACGCUUAGGUGGCCGCGGCGAUCGCCUGAGUCGCCGCCAUUAACGACGGUCGCGACGAUUAACGACUUUCCUGAGGCGAUUACAUGCACAAGAAGCACUGAAGCCACCAUGGAAAGCGACAGCCCAGAACCCUUAAAACCCAAGGAGUCUCCCUUCCACAGCAAGGUGACUCAAAGCAAGGAUCCUCAGAAAGCAGCCACUUCUCUGGAUGCUCCAGAGGCUGAGGGGGCAACAACCACAUCGGACCCUUGCCCUCCUCCCGAUGGUCCCGGUAGCCGAGAGUCUGUGGAAGGGACCCCUUCUUCCAAAUCAUCGGUCUCCCAGAAGGAAACGGAAGCACUCUCUCUCCUGGAUGUCUUGAGGAUCUCUGCCGUUCUGGAAGACACCUUGGGUCAGCUGUCCAUCCUCAGCUUCGUCAUGCCCGUUCCAUAUGAGAGCGAACCAGAAGACACUAGGGGAAGCCGAGAAAUGGGGAUAGAUGUUCCAAGCCCCAUAGUCACGGGAAACAAGCCAGAAACCCCAACAAACUCCCGGAGAGGAACCGUUCCCUCGCUGUUAGCCGAAGGGCCAAAGUCGACCAAAUACAGCCUGAAGGAUCAGGAGGCGAGUCAAGCUGACCCGACGAUAGACCACCUCAUCAACAAACCCACAAAGCAGACCAUAUUGACCGUGGAGACCCUCAAGAAAGUUCAAGCCGAUAGGCAGUUUGCAAGUGAUGUGAUCGCUGAGACCCUUCAGGAGAUGCAAGUUUCGGGCAUGUUUACAAGUCUCGUGAGAGCUCUGGAGAGAGAAAAAGAGAAGAAAACCCAUUUCCAUGACAUUGUUGUCAGGGAGGAACAAGGAAGGAAACAGAUACGAUCACUUCAGAAACAGCUACAAGACGUCAAAAGAGAACGAGAGAUAAAAGUCCAGAGUCAGAAAGAGCACAUCGCGUACCUCAAGGACCAGCUGCAGGAGAUGAAGGCCAAGACCAACAUGGAGAGCCGGUACGUGAAGAAGACCACGGAGCUGCAGAUCGUCCAGACCCAGAACAAAUGCGACAGGGCCGAAGAGAACCUGCUGGACGAGAUAGAGAGGCUAAAGCUCAGAACCGACGAAGAGACCCGGGUCCACACGGAAAUCGAAAACUUCCUUAAAAAGGAGCUGGUGAAGCUGGAGGAGAAGCUGGAGUACUGGAUGGAGAAGUAUGAUAAGGACACCGAAGCCAAACAGAAUGAACUGAACAGUCUCAAAUCUGCCAAGGCCGCAGACCUGAUCAACCUGCAGGAAUUGGCCCGGGAGUUAAUGGAGUUUGAACAGGUCAUCAUCGAGGACCGGCUAGAAAAGGAGAAGGCCAGGAAUAAAAUUGAACAGGAUGCCCGGGAGCUGAAGAGCAUCAUUAAGCUCCAGGCUUGGUGGCGAGGCACAGUCGUGCGACGAGAACUGGGGAAUUUCAAGCUGCCCAAGAAGGAGAAAGGCGGCGGCAAGAACGGUAAAGGCAAGGGGAAGGCGGCCAAGGGCGGGGCCAAGAAGAAAAAGUGACGGUGGCGGCGGCGGCGGGGCCGUGGGAACCCUUUCUUCCCGUCCGCCCUUCUGGCAGGGGCGGCGGGUGGAAGUAGGGUGGGUAGGGAAGGGGUCAGCAACACCGCUGCCUCUUCUUCCCCAUGGUCAGCCCUCCAGCGUGACACCACUGCUUAGAUAGAAGUACCUUCGGUUGAUCGUUUGCAAGUUCACCCCUAAAAUAAGUUGAUUUUUCAAACAGGAAGUUUAGGACCAAAGUUUGGGUCCCGCCUUUACUUGGAAUCGGUUAUUUGCUUCAAUUUCUGCCCCCAGCCAUCGUCCCCCAGCCUUGGGAAAUGAACCCGAGGCUGGCGAAAGCAGCCCGGCCCCAGGCCGGCAGCCUGGGGAACAGCGGUUGCUGUUCCCGGGCCCGGCCACGCGUUAAAACCGUUGAGUUGC